UCAUUCUCUUUUGUUGAUUUGAAACAGGAUUCACAGGCCCCAUCAGGACAUCAUGGAACAUUUCGAGGGCUCCAUUUGCCAUUCAUUGGAUUUACAUUUACAGAAAAUAAUUUGUUGUCAGACCUUAACAGCUUAAAAUCAGAUUUUGAUACGACGGAUUCCCCACAAAAUACCAAAAUCAUUGAUUUACAACAGAAUAUCCUUGAACUGGAACAAGAGAAAAAGGUCCUAGCAGACAAGCUAAAAGAAGCGUUAGAAACUGCUGUUGGUGCUUCUGCCGGUGAAAUUUCUGCUGGAGAUGCUGGUGCAGCUGCCGGUGGUCCAUCUAAGUCUGUUAAGCAACUAAAAGAAGAGGUCACUUCUCUGCAUAAAGCUGUUUCAGUGAAACAAGAUGAAAUAAAUGGCCUGCAACAUGAUUUGCGGAAAAACCAAGACAUGAAAGCUGAACUCGAGCGGAGAUUACGACUUAUUGAAACAGAAAAAAAUACACUACAGAAGGAAUUCUACGAUAUACAAAACAAAUAUAAAAUCCAAACACGAGAGUUAAAAGAAGUUAUAUCGAAACAGAAGAUUACAAUGGAGCGAUUCACCGAUACUUCAGACGUGCUUGGGAAAACGCAAUCAAAAGUGAAAGAACUAGCGAGGAAUGUUCGUGAUAGAGAGGAAGAAAUUGAAGAUACGAAACGCAAAGUUGAAAAUCUGAAGAUGGAGCGUCGAAGAUCGGAAAAGUCCCAUGCUGAGCUGCUGCGAUCCCUGGAAGAAGCUAGAUCCGAAGCAAGCAAAGAGAAAAAACUGCGACGAUCCGAUCAGUUUGCACGCGAUCUCGAAGGAGAGUUAGAAGCGGUGAAGCAGAAACAGAUUGGAAAGUCUACCAGUUCGACAAGUUUAGAACUGUCCCAGGAAGCCGCACGGCUGAAAGCUGAACUUGAGAAAAAAGACGUCGAACACGAAGAAGCUAUCACAAAUCUGAAAUCUGAACAGGCUUUGCGGAACCAAGAAUGGGAACGUCAACUAAAGGAGAAAUUUGCUGAGACUGCUGAAGAAAUUGAACACUACAAAGCUGAGCAAAAAAAUCAACAAAAAUUAUUUGCUUUCCUAAUGAAAGAAAAAUCACAGCUGGAACAAGAAUUUAAUGAUAUGUACGACAAGAGGGAAUCCGUAGCACAAUGGGAAGCCCAGAUAUCUGAAAUCAUUAAAUGGGUUAGUGAAGAAAAGGACGCUCGUGGAUAUUUACAGGCUUUGGCUACCAAGAUGACCGAGGAGUUAGAGAAUUUGAAAGUGAUGGGCGAGGAUUCUGGCCGGAAUCGUUGGCGCAACAGAAGAUCUCAACGACUUGACAAGAUGGAGAUUUUGAAUCUGCAGUCGAGUUUACAAAAUGAGAUUCAAGCAAAGCAGCAAAUUAGUGAAGAAUUAACGAAAUCAAAGGCAAAUCAAGUGGCAACGGAAAACAAACUUCAGGAAUAUGAAACUGAACUUCGGAAAUUAAGAGAAGAAUUAAAACAGAUGAAAGAUUACAGGCUUUUAACUGGAGAAAAACCUGAGUCCAAAAUUACAAACUUUCAAGAACACCCACCACAGAUGUUCUAUUCAGUACAGUUUGAAUCGGCAAACGAAAGCGAAGUGGAAGAAUCCAGUGAAGAUGCUUCAUCCAUGAAUGACUCCCGAACUGCAUCUCACACCGAUUUACCAAGCGAACUUGACGGUGGUGUUUCUAGUUCCGAAAACCAAUCCCUUAAAGUUUAUUCCGAACCUACUUUAGAUCCAGUGUGGAGUGCAGAUAAAAGCAUUUCACUGAAGUCUGCUAACCAACCAAAAGGCCACCAUUUUCUUGUUAAUACUUUCUCUUCCUUAUCCAAAUGCUCGCAGUGUUUCUCAUUAUUACUCGGGAUCCAGAGACAAGGAGUUUGUUGCCAAAAUUGUAAAUACCAUUGUCAUAUACACUGUAUAGAUAAAGUCCCAGUUUCCUGCCCGAUCCCAGAAGAGCAAACUACCCAUACUUAUCCUGGUAUACGUCUUGACAAAGGCAUUGGGACAGCAUUCGAAUAUUUUGCAAAGAUUCCCCGACCUGGUGGUAUAAAAAAAGGCUGGAUUCGGCAGUUUAUCGUUGUCUGUGAUUUUAAAUUAUUUUUAUUCGACGCAACACAUGACAUCGCACAUACUACACAUCAGGUCUUAGAUAUGCGAGAUGAAGACUUCUCUGUUAGUGCCGUAUUGCCUUCCGAUGUAAUACAUGCAAACAAAAAGGAUAUUCCCUGCAUAUUCCGGGUAACAACUCGAGGAAUGAAUACAGGAUUUCCUCAUUCCGUGUUGAUCCUUGCUGAGAAUGAGAACGAGCGUCAGAGAUGGGUUUCGUCGUUACUAGAACUUCAGAAACACUUGAAAAAAAGUAAAUUGUACAAUAAAAUGCCUUUCCAAAGUCAAGAACUGUAUGAUAAUUCUAUGUCUCUGGUGAAAAACACAAAUUCAGCUGUUGUUUUAGAUUCCAGCAAAUUGCUUAUAGGAACUGAAGACGGGCUGUAUAUAGCUGAAUUAACAAAAGACAUUUUUACUCGUAUUGGUGACAAAAGUGAUAAGAAAGCCGUGUACCAGAUGGAAUUAAUCGCUGAAGAACAGUUAGUUGUUUUUAUCAGUGGAAAACAACGGCAUGUUAAACUGCUACAAAUGUCCGCUCAAGGCUGGUCCGAAAAUGACCCAAUCAAGAUAACUGAAACAAAAGGCUGUCAUUUAUUUUGCACUGGAUUAAUUCGACAAGGAUCAACAUCUUGUCUAUGUGUAGCUAUCAAAAGGACUAUACAAGUUUAUGAACUUACAAAAACCAAGCUACGUCAGCGCAAACUGAAAGAUGUACAAGUGCCAGGGUGUGUUCAGUUUUUGGAGAUGAUGAAUGAACGGCUUUGCGUUGGAUAUCCUUCAUGUUUUGCUAUUUAUAGUGUGCAAGGAGAUGGAGCUCCUAUGACUCUUGUGAACGCAGAUGAUGUCACUUUGAAAUUUCUUCACCAAACACCUCUGGAUGCAUUAGCUGCGGUUGAGAUGUCCCAUAAAGAAUAUUUAUUAGUUUUCAAUGUAUUGGGUGUAUAUGUUGAUAAUAAUGGAAAACGAAGUAGAAAUCAAGAGAUUAUGUGGCCUUCACCUCCUCAUGCUAUCACCAUCAACCAUCCAUACUUGUUAUGUUACGCUGAAAACUCUAUAUUUGUAUAUGAUGUCAGAAAUACAUCUUGGACUCAAACUAUUUGUCUGAGAAAAACGAAGCCACUUUGCAAAGACGGCUCUUUGAAUUUGUUCAGUAAUCUUGAUUCACAGCAUAUAGUCUAUCUACGGAACACAGACCUCAGUGAAGAUCAAACCAUUCUACCUGACUUGUCUGCAUUCCGGCAGGCCAGCCGUACAAAACGUCGAUAUUCAUUCAAAACAAGAGAUGAUGACAGGGUAACAAAGGGAAUUGAAAGGCGGUCUCGUAUCAUUUCACCCCCUAUCAACUUCAGCCAUAUUGCUCAUCUGGGCCCAGAUCAGGGAAUGCAAGCAUUGAUAGGUCUUCCAACUGGACAAAGACAGCCUGGAGACAAGUCUGACGAACAAAUCAAAAAAGUGCGCAAUUUGAUGCAACCGAGUAUGAAACAGUUGCAAGAACAAAUGCGAGGUGCAGGCGGCAAGCCAGCAGCAAGUAGCGGCACUGGUAGUGCUUGCGGAGAUUCACAUUUUAAUGGGACUGGUGUAAGAGACCGUGAUUCUCCUCAUAGAGUUUGGCAGCAAACCCCUCCAAGCCGGCCUUUGUCUUCCAUCACAUCAGUUUCACCUGGAGAUAACACUUCUAUUUCUUCACAAGAGCAGACAAAUACUUUGGAUUCCUUAAAUACAUUUAAGACAACAUUAGAGGAAUCUGGAUUUCCAUGUUGGAGGAUGUCCAUAGGGUCAAAUAACAGCAGUGGUGUUAGCAGUCCUCCUGGUUCCAGUCGGCACAGUUUGGUCGAGGACAGAGAACAGAUGACUGACGCAGCUGACCAACAACCUGGCUGGCUGACCAAGCAAAUUUUAUAAACUGAAUCGUACUUUGUUACAAACAGAAAAAUCUGUGGCUAUAUUGCUCUUUCCUCUAGGAAUUCUUGAAGGGGUUAAAAAAAGAAAAAAAAAUGACAUGGAAAACUCAACAACAAUACAACACAAAUCGAACACCUAUCUCUUACCAAAAUUUUUAAUAACAUCAAAACCUAUUAUAAGUUUUCUCAAGUUUUCUUACAUCCUUU